UGCCAAAAUGUCAUUGCGGAAACUGGCGUCGGCGCUCCAGCAGCCAGAGUAUCUCUCGUCGCCCAGCACCCCUUCCGCGCAUCCUCCCAAAGCGUCAAGCACAAGCGCUGUCGCACACACACCCAGCCACGCUCAAAUCCCCUCUGGCGGUCCUGCGUCUCCCGCGACACCGCAGACGCGAAGCCUAGGCGGGAUUGGCGGUUCUGGGCAUUUUGUCAUGCUCACCCCUCCCAACACGCGAGGGUCGUCGACCAGCUCUCCCGUCCACCACAAGCAACACGCUGCAUUACUCCAAUCGCCAGACCGUCGUGCAACGCGCGAGAUUGAUGAGCCAAACCGAAAGCGAAGGCUCGACUUUAAGCAGACAGAGGCCGCUCACGAGUCAGAACAAGAUGCUCCCGAAAGCGCCGACGAGGAUCAAGCAUCAGACAGUGCAGAUGAAGCGACCAGCAACCCUAUCUCGACGACUCAAAAGCAAUCAUCGCGUCGGCGUUCGGCUCCGUCUUCCCCUGUCAAACCGAUCGCAACCAAGCCGACGGCUGCUGCGGCGGCUGCUGCUCCUGCUUCGAGCGUGGCUGCAGCAGCUGGCGGUCCUACGCUGACAGAGCGUCAGCUCAUCGCCUUGCAGAAAAAGCAAGAGCGCGAGGCAGCCCGGCGGCCGACGCAGAGCAUGGACAAGAUUAACGGCCGAAACGAACGCGGCGAGACGCCGUUGCAUGUUGCAGCCAUCAGAAACAAUGUCAACGCUGCGAAACGUCUCAUCCAGCAGGGCGCCGUCAUCAAUGCGACCGACAACGCCGGCUGGACCCCGCUGCACGAAGCCUGCAACCACGGACGCAUCGCCAUCGUGCGGUUGCUGCUCGAGCACCACGCCGACGCCACAGCCCCUGGAUUGAAUAACGACACACCGCUGCACGACGCUGCCAUGAAUAACCACAUUCAGGUUGCUGCCGCGCUCAUGCAGUAUGGCGCCAGCGCGUAUGCCGUGAACGCCAACGGCGCGACUCCCGUUGAUGUUGCGGCCACGCCCGAAAUGAAGCGUCUCUUGCAAGGUAUUGCCAUUCCGGAAGUGCUGCAAGAGGCCGAUGCCUCAACGGAGGACGAGAGUCAGGCCGAGAGCAAGGACGACAGCCAGGCCGAGAGCAAAGUCGCGCGGAAGGCCGAGCGCAGGGGUGACAGCAAGGUUGAGGACGACAAGCAACCGCAACCGCAGCGCAAGCCUGCCAAGCAACAGGAUGCGCAGGCCAGCCGCCAGGCCGAGCCUUCAGAAAGCGACGCCCCAUCAGAACCGCAGGAAACCAAGGCCAAACCAGAAGCCAGGCGCCCUGCGCCCACCAGAGCACCCAAAGCAGCGACAAAGCCUGCGGCCGCCACCAGCACUACCGGUCGCAAAGGCUCCACCCGUGUGCUGUCAACGGAUGCCAUGAAUGCAGAAUCCGAGGUCAAGAAUUCUGAUAGCGAUGCCUCCACUUCUACCGCUGAUGCUCCAAUGCAAGUUGAUCGUGUCGAAUCUGCAUUUUCUGCCGUGAUUCCUUUCGCCGAGGACAGCUCGCAAGACGGCGUGGACGUGGGUCGCAGCAGUCGAGGCACUUCUCCUGAGCCGACCCAAGCAUCCAACGCGUUCUAUAAUCAGCCGUCCCCCGUCUCCUGCGACCCCGUGAGUGACGAUGCAUAUUCAACCGUGACCGCUCCUGCACUCCCAUCCACCUCGCGCCUGGUUUUGCGGGGACGUCGUUCGACCACUGCUGCUGCGUCCCGAGCAGGUCGCGGCAGGAGCCAAACCGAGACGUCAAUGCACGCCGAUGCGAUGAACGUCUACAUGCCUGCUUCGCCACCGCCCUCGUCGCCUCCCAGCCAGACAGGAGAGCACGAGAUUUGUGAGCCUGCUGCCCGUCCGACGAUUGAAAGUGGCUUGAUUUCCGCCGUCGCUCGUUCGCACGUGUCCACUGCUGCUGCCACCAACGUGCCGGCUCGUCCCAAGCGUUUGGCAUCCGCUGCGGAAAUCGGAUGGAUGACGCCGACGGACCCGCAGUCGCGCAAGGAACGAUUCCUCAAUGUAGACUUUGGCAUGGGUAAGAAGCCAUCGACGCCUCCUCCCAACUACCUCGGCUUCAAGACCGUGACGCAUGCCUAUGAGGUGCCGUUGGCGGAUCCCGUGUUACACGCUGCCCUUCGUGCCAAAGAAGCUGCGAUUGCUUUGCGGGAGAUGGCUGGAAAGGCCACACAAUCCUGCCGGACCACCUCUUCAGCGCUGCCCACCUUUUUGAGCGUGCCUGCUUGGCUAUCCUCAAUCCCGUCGACGGACAGUGCUCUGUUCAUGCAGCAAGAGGUUGAGCGUCGCGAUUCCAAGAUCCGCCAAAACUUUGAGCGCGAACGUUUGGUCUUGGCUGCCGAGAAUCGCGUCAUCGAGGCGUUUUCAACCUUGGCCGGUUGCAAGAAUCAGACUGCGCUGAGUCAAACCUUGCACCGCCUGGCUUCCGAUUUUGAGCGGACCAAGCAAGAACUUCUUUCGAGACAUCGUCUGGAAAAUGACGUCGUGUAUGCACUUCAACGGACUGCUUGGAGCGAGAAGUGCACGAGUCACGAAAUGCGCCUCCGACUGCGCGAGUGUGUGCCAGAAGUUCAAGUCUCUGACUUUUCGCUCGACCACAUUUUCCAGCAAGCUGCUCAAGCUCCUCAAGUCGUGUAGACCAAAGCAACAAAAAACCCACAUGGUCUUCUUGUCUCCCCGGCAUCCAACGAGGGAAAAAGAAUCGCCGCAAUCUUGUUCUUGUGCCGGGUUUUAUUUUUUAUAUUUUAUCGUCUCGUGCGUAGUCCGAGUAUGGGUUGAAAACUCCAUGCAAACAAUUAAAAGCAGUAUCUAUUGGG